GGGGGAGGGAGCGAUAAAUAUUUUAUAACCCAAGACAUUUCUUUUACUAAAAGUUAAGAUAAAAAAAGUUACAUCAUGUUUUUUACUGUAUAUUUUACACUUUAUGUAGGGAUUUUGUACUUAGGUUCUAUUUGUAACUUGUUUACAACAAGAACUAGGACGUGUUUCCCCCGCGACUGUAACGAGUGGUAGCGCCCUACAGCGAGCGGUACGCACAGUAAAGGCGCGAGUGCGCUAGUGUGUGAGAGGAGCUCAGUGAAGACGCUCCGCGCUCCACAUCCUGUGCAUGAAGAUGACGGAGAACAUUCGCUCGCUGUCUGACCGCCGUGAACCGCUGGGGAUGGACAGAGACAGAGGCGGAGAAGUCAACAAACAGCCUCCGGCUCGGGGCCGUGGUUGCAGUAGGAAGAGAAAGGGCACACCAGUGAAAGUGUGUGAUAGAGUAUUUGCCACAGAAGACGACGAGGAGAACACGAUGGAACACAGCUAUGGACCAGGUAAUGGACAGGGAAGAGCAGAGCACAAACACAGAUCUAGUCCAUACCGCAACUCUGAAUCUACUCAAACCUGUCCUGCUGAGGCAGGGGAGCAGAGCUCCAUCAGCGGGAGGGGAGCCGUUCUUUAUCCACCGCCCAACUGCCGCAUCCGAGAGGUGCACUGUGGCAAUCAGGUGCGGCUGGUCGUCGUCGCCAUUCGCGACAUCACCAAAGGCGAAGAGAUCACCGUCGACUAUAAUCCAAGCGAGUGGGGGGAAAAUACCAUGACAAGGGGUUCAUCUGCUGCAGCAAGCGAGCUAUCUCCUGACCAUGAGAAGAACAUUAAGAAGGAGGAGGAGUCUGGGUCUGGUCCUGUAUCAGAUUAUGUCACUCCGUCCUGGUCCCUCUCACCUAAAUCCUCUCAGCUGUCGCACUCUGAGAUCAGUGACUCAGAUGAUGCAGAGCCGCGUAGCCGGACGCCUCGCCGCCGCAAAAGGAAUCGCAAAAUGUCCUCUUCAGCUGCAGCCAACACUAAUGCUAACACAAACGACAAGAAGAAACCCCCUCAUCCCCUUAAUCAUCGCCCACCAGGCCGACCUCCAUCCCAGCCUCUACCCCACUCCCUGCCCUCGUGCCCCACUCAGCCUCCUGCACCCUCCAGGCCUGUGUUUAAAUGCCCCGCCCCUGCUGGGGUUGGGGGCAGCACUGUUAAUGCGAGCGCAGGUAGAGGCAUGAGCCCUGCGAUGCAGAAGCAGUGUUGUGUGUACUGCGGUCGCCAUUACCGCUCCCUCCAGCACCAUCUAGACAAGCACCACACUCACCAACAAGAUGUACGUGCAGCCAUGUUGAAGUCACAAGGCUCCGCCCACCUGCCUCAUUUCCAUGCUUCUCUGCCUUCAUCCUCCUCUUCCUCUUCUUCUGCCUCUGGCCACAAUCACAACCACAGAGAAGCCAUUGUUAUUCCCACACAACAGUCUCCACCCACUCCUCCUCCUCCUCCUUCUGUUUCUCCAGCCAGAAAGAGCCCUGCUCUUACAAGCCCCUCCCUGCGUAAAAGUCCCGCCACUCCUCCACCCACUACACCACCCAGAAGGGGAGGAGGUGUCCCUGUGUCGGUGCUGAAGAGAAGCCCACCCACACCGGCGACUCUGCCCAGGAAAGUGGGACGUAAAAAGAAAGAAAAAGAAGAAUUAGACGUGAUGGAGAAAAUGAAAGAGGAGUUUGUUGAGGCGUCGAAGCACGUGGAAGACCCGAAAUUGGAGGAGGAAGAGAAUGAAGAGGAAGGAGAGGAAUAUGAUGACAGCGGUGCUGAGGACAAGAGUGACCUGUCCAGUUCUCGCCGUCCACACAUGCUGCCCCUGCUCUCGUCUCUCUCCUCCCUUGUCCUGUACCUGCGGCGUCUCCAGCACUCGGCCUUCAUCUCUCUUUCACGUUCCCCUCAGUCAGCUGAAGCUUGGCGUCUGCUCUGCCACUCCAGCCUGGCGCUUCUCAUCCUCUACAACCGUCGCCGGGAGUGUGAGGUCUCUAAACUCACCAUCCCUGAAUACCAGGCUCGGAUUACCCCUCAGUGCUCUGCUCCGUUGCCCACAAGUGCUCUUACACCCCUCGAAGCCUCCCUUUCCCCAUUUGAGAGGCUUGUCCUUCCCCAUCUCCCUCGAGUGGGCGUACAGGGCAAACGAGGACGCGUGCAGCCGCUGAUUCUGCCCCCUCACUCGGAACACUGCCUAGAGCUUCUGUUACAAACAAGAGCAGGGGUCGGGGUGGAUCCGCAGAACCCUUACGUGUUUGCUCGGCCGUACCAUUCUCCCGCCACGCCUCUGAGAGGUACAGAUCUGCUCAGAAAUCUGGCCAAAUCGAGUGGAACGCGCCAUCCGAGAGCACUGACCCAGACACGUGUCCGUAGGCAAGUCGCAAUUCUUACUCAGUUACUGAUGCUGAGCGAAGGUGAAGAGGAGAAUCAGCAUGGAGCUGCACAGCUGAGAUUAGAGAACUUUCUGCAGAAAGAGUACCAUGUGACCCAGAGUUGCGCAUCUAUCGGUCAAGACCCGGGACUCAUGGGACUGAUCGGGCGUGUGGUACUGUGUGGGGAGAGAGACGGCGUACUGUUCAGAGGGAUGAGUCUCCAUCAUAUCUGUUUAGAGCUGGAUGUGAUGUCAGGGAAUUCUGCAGAUUCUCUGUCUGAGGAAUCGGAUGGAGAGCAAGAGAAGGAUAAGAGCGAGUCUUCUGCCAUCAUGAUUAAAAAGUCCUCCAGCGGCACCAAAACCCCUCGGGUCAAGAAGAUGUCUCCGUUCUCUCCAAAUCGCAAGAGGGGUUCAGGACAGGCCAAAACAGGUAAGCGUGGCGUCCUGAAGCGUCCUUGGUCGGAGGCGGAGCGGGCCGCGGUGGAGUCCCACCUGGUGCGGAACAUCAUGGAGCUGCGCGUUCCCGCUAAAGCAGACUGUGAGCGCUGUCUGGAGCAGUGUCCUCUCCUGGUCACCAACCACAGAGACUGGAGAGCCAUCAAGUUCUACUGUCACAACCGCAUCCAACUGCUGAAAAAAACACAGCAGCGACAGAGUCCGCCCGCCUUGUCCGUCUGCUGAGACGGCCAAUCGCAAAGCCUGCUAGGGAAAGGUAGGAGGAGUCAGAGGUAGCGACUAAAGCAGACUAUAAAGGUGUACAGAUUUGACGGUGUUCCCUGUUUGUGUACAAUCACCAGGCAUUUUUAGUUAUUAAAGCUAGAAGACUAGAAGUGUCAGCGUUUCUGCACAUUAAUGAAGUCCUGUAAUGAUAAAACAGAUUUUUUUUUUAUUAUUAUUAUUAUUAUUAUCAGUUUAUUCUUCUUCUCGUGUUAAUUUAUGUGUCAAAAUGGAAAUGUAUCCUGUCGAUAUUGUGAUAUUUCUAAAUAUCCCGAUACGAAUUGUGUUUUUAUUUUUUACCUUCUGUAAAUCCUGUCUCACAGUUACAGAAAUACUCAUCGUGACAUUCAGAUAUCACAAUACUGACGUCAGACCGUCACAUUGUCCUGGUCCUGGUCUCUACACACACAACACUAAUUUCACUAGUAAUCAGCUUCUGCUAUUUAUUUGACGACGUGAAAGUUUCAGUGGUGCUUUUUCCCCUAACGAGCGACUCCUAAACAAAACAGAAGAAAAGCGGCGUCCGAUACUUCAAACGGUUUCGCGUCCGUCUCCGUACGAUCGCCGCGGCGCCGGCGUUUCCACAUAGAAAAAAUGUCUUAAGAUCUUUAAAGGGGGAAAUAAAUAAAUAAAUAAAAAGUCAAGUUUGCAGUGUAUUCGUCACGUUUCCUCCCGAAGAGCCGUGCAUGAAAGAAGGAAGGAAAGAAGUAUAAGUGAAGGAUAAAUAAAUUCCUCAUUUAAUCUCAUUAAUCAAACAUUUCAUGCACGAAUUUCUCCUUCAGUCGUUCAGGACUCUUCGCAACCUUGACUAAAAAAAAAAAGAUUCAUUUGCUACUUAAAAAAAAAAAAACGUGUUAACUUCCUCAGUCUAUUUUUUAUAUUCUUCAUGAAGUAUAUAGGGGAUCAUCGGGGAACGCUCGUGUUAGUAUUCACUACGCUCUAUUUUUCACGUGAAUACGUUUCCGUGGGUUCUGUCCAGGCGUAAAAGUCAUCGCUCGGACACUUUGAACAGGUCAUGUAGAACCUAGAAGUCUUAGAGUCUAGAAAAGUAACUCGGCACGGAGCAGCGGCGGCUGUUUAGUGUUCCGGGUCUGCAUCAGAACGGAGCCUGGAUCGGGUUCUAGAACAGCGGUGUAACGAUUUAAACAGGAUUUUUUUUUUUUUUUUUUUAACAAUGUUUAGAGAUGGUUCUAGUUAAAGGGCGACGGGACGGAACACCGGGACAAACGUUCAGAACGUUUGAUCUUUUGGCUUUAUGAUUUGUUGUGAUAACGAAACGGAGUCGGUUCAGGUUCUAGAAUGAUUAAAAGAUUAGAACAGAAUCGGUUCUCGUCCUUGUUCCGUCAGCUCAGAGCUUUUUGAUGGGUCAGAACCUGACUUUAGAUGUUUAGAGGGUUAAACUGUUAUGAUGCAGAACAGAACCGUGAUGAUUAGUACUGGUCUAGUUCUGGAACAGCAGAGUCUUUGCGGAGUCUAGAGGAGUAUCUCGGACCUACUGCUCAGACACUUUAGAUCGUUAGGAUUCUAGAACUGUAGCUUAAAGACUCGAACAGGAGCUUUUUGUUGGUUCCGGUUCUAGCCCUCGAUUAUAGAACAGCCGAGGAAUUUUUUUUUUUUUGCGAGGUGUUCGGUUUUAAUCUAGAGCCGUAGCUCAGACGGUCUUACGGGACAUUUUUAUACGGUGUUCGUUCUAGAAGGUAGCUCGCAUAUUUCAGUUAGAACCUUUUAGAGCCGGGUCCGGUUCUAGAGAAGUAGUUUAGAUAUUCUGGCAGAAGGAUUUAUAUUGGUGUUGGUUCUAGAACAGUAGCUUGAGAUAUUUCUAACUGAAUGUUUUGUUCUGAAACGGUAGCUCGGACGUUCUCACCGGAUAUUUGAAAGAAUGCAGGUUCUAGAACAGUAGCUUGGAUGUUUUGUCAGAACCUUGAAGCAGGUUCUUGUACCGGAGCUGAGACAUUCUAACACAGAGUUGAGAGCGGGUUCAGGUCGCGUGUAAUUGUUGCUUAACGAGGUUGAUUCAAUGAGCUUUACUUCUAUAAGUGUGUGUGUGUGUGUGUGCGUGUGUGGGUGCGUGUGUGUGUGGGUAUACGUGUGUGUGUGUGUGUGUGUGUGUGUACGUGUGCACGUAUCUAUUUCUACA